GAAAAAAAAAAUUCCAAAAUUGUCAAUGUCAAAAUGACACUGGGAUAGACCUGAUUAUUUUUACAAAAAUAUUUUAAUAAUUGAAAAUAUUAAUAUUUCAAUACUUAACAUAAAUAAUAUGCGGGUAAAAUAAGUGAUGAUAGCAGUCAAUAAACAAACAUUACAAUGAUGGAAGCAGAUUCCACCACAUACGACUGCAAUGCGAAAACAGAAGUAACUGAGCCAACGUUGCCAUUUAAUACAUGUCCUGAUAACCUGCAGCUGUACAAGGAGUUAACAAUCAGCCAUGGUGACCUGAGACUGGAGUGUCAGCUUGUAGAGAGACUGCAAGCAUUUGGACUGCUCCCCAAAACCAUCAAGUGCCCCUCGGACAAACCUGAUUGUAAAGUUGUGUGUAGGACAGCUAGAGUUAUAGACAGGGUGCAGUGGAUAUGCGAGGGCUGCAGCAAGAGGCUUCCGAUAAGAGCUGGCUCCUUCUUCUUCCGUCUCCAGUGCUCCAUACUACAAACUGUACAGAUGAUAUUCGCAUGGAGUGAAGAUGCCGAUGUGGAGGUUGCAGCAGCACAUUUUGGUGUUAAACCAAGAGUAGCAACUCUGAUCUACGACAGACUAGAUGAGCUUGCAAUAAAGGAACAAAGUAAGAAGAAGCUGGGUGGAGAGAACAGUGUGGUGCUUGCAGAGUUGUACCCUGACUGCGUGAACCGGUUGUCACCGGAUACAACUGACCAGCCACAUGUGCAUAGAAUAUUGAUGCUUGCUGAUACUAAUCAUAUUCCAACUUCAUACUGGCUGCAUGUCAUGAAAGAUGAUAAAAAAAAGACUGCAAAUGGAAACCCUGAUACUCAGGCAUUAACAUUAGAAGUGGAAGAAGUAAUCCGGAAGGUGGUGAUACCGAACUCCUUGGUGGUGACGGGAACUAACGUGCCUCCUAUCGAAGGCGGCUCCUCCAUACAGCAGUUGUUGUCGCAUUGCGAUGCAGAUAUGCAACACUUUUUGAGUUCCCGCAUCUGGCGGCAAGCAAUAACGCUGAGCCUCGCGUCACGCUCGGUGUGCGGCGACGGCCUGGCCGCAGCACCCUGCGGCGCCGCCGCACAGCGCUACCUCACCGCCGCAUUGUAUCGCGUCACGCAGCACCGCGACUUCUUCAGUCACGUGCUUCAAGCCAUCGCGGAAGAGUACACUGAUAAAUGUGAUUGAUGUCCUUGUAGUAUAAAUGUCGAAUGUACCCAAUGUUUGUGAGAUGCAAACUCGAAGAAUUGUUGAAGGGUUUAAAAAAAUACGCACAAUGUAGGUAGGGUGUGACUGUCUUGUGCCGGGUCUAGAUUUGGUGUGCAUGUGUGUUAAAUGAAACGCACCUAGAACGGAAUUUGGCCUAUGUGAGGAAAUCAAAGGGGGAGGCCUAUGUUCAGCAGUGGACGUCCUAUGGCUGAGAUGAUGAUGAUGAUGAUGAUGAUGAGGCAAUACAUAGUAUUUGUUUUUAUAAUUAGAGUUUUAAGAAUUCAUCAGCGAUGACUGUAACAUUAUGUUUUUCACUGUCUUAAGUUAUAUGUGUGUUUGAUUAUGUUGAUAUUAUGUGUUAUUCAAAUUACGUUUUUAUGGAUCAUAUUGUAAUGGAGUUAAGUACUGUUUUUAUUGCUGUUGUGUUUCUGUUUCGUGAUAAAAUAUGGGACAUGAAUAGUCGUCCAGGCCUUAGCUAGAUGAUUCCAAUAGGCGCAUCGUCAUCGCAUCAAUUCCAGGUGAUUGAUUAAAGUGUCAAAUUAUGAGAGUAUUCUGUAUUGUCUAUAAAUACACCUCAUAUUCAUUCAUAUUCAAAACCGUGAAUAUUGUCGUGGAUUUUAAACAUAGAGUCUAUUAUACUCGUGUUAAGAUAUUACGAUAGGAUUAAGUUAGAAAUAAGUAUUUGAUAAAAAUGCCUUAUUAAUUUAAUGUCUUCCUAAGUAAGUGCCUUAUUGUAAUUACAUUACUUAUAUGAAACAGUGAGUGAAAUUAUUAUAAUGUUACUGUUGAAUUUGACACAAAAUACUGAAAAUAUUUUUGUAAAAUUUAUGUCAUAAAUCGUUUCAGUUCGGGUGUUGGGGCUUGUGACAUCAAAAUGUUUGAUUUUUUUUU